CAACCGCCACCGCCCAUGCCACGCCGUCUCUCUAUUGGCUGCGGCGCCGCCCCCCAUUCCGAGCGCCGUUGCCUCGGGAGCGGGGGCGGGGCGGGGGCGGAGCGGGAGGCGGGGCUUCGAGCCAGAGGCCUGGGUCGUGAGGAUGGAGAGGCGUGUGCGAGGCACCAGGGCCCCGGGAGAGAGAGCGGGGGUGGCAGAGGCAGCAGGGGCUGCGGGACGGCCCCUGUGCUUUGGGGGACCCCGGGCUUGGCUUUGGGGUCCUAAACUGUCUUUGGACUCCUCGGUCCCCCAGGAUGUCGGAGACGGGGGCCGGGCUUGGGGGCAGGCCGGAAGCUUGUGCCUGGAGGCUGGCUUCUCUUUCCUCCUGAGCUUGGGGCGAGGCACCUCCGUCUGCAGCACCGUGGGUGUGUUUUUAUAACAUUUCCCAGCACCGGGCCAGCUCCGUGCGAUGCGCGGCCAGGCCCCCUCCAGUCCACAGCUGGAGGAAUGAUGGUCCCGGGUCAGAACCCAAGGCCCGAAAGGCCGCACACCAGGCCCAGCCCUCUGAGGCCUCCCGCAGCCUCAGUUUCCCUGUCCGUGGUGCUGAGGACGCCGGGGCCUAGAUGCUCUGAGCGGACCGGCGGCAUCCCGCAGCGGGGCCGCCACAGCCGCCGGUAGCACGGGCCAAAGGUGAGUGCCACGGGGCUGCAGGCUUUGUGGACGCCGCCCCGCCCCCGCCCCGCGCAGGAGGCAGCCGCGUGACUGUGACUAACACACCUUUGCCCGCGGAAGGGGGCGAGGCCUCGCCCCCUGCUCUCGUGUGCCACACAUCGCUCUGUGUCCCUCACUCCUCUUUAACCCUGCCGCCCCAAUCCUUUCUGGAAGUAAGUGGGGAUACAGAUGAAUGUAAAAAUACAGGUCCUACUUUACGGGACGAGGUUUCCCUGGCUGCAUAGAAAAUUCAGUUCCUGGCGCACAGGAAAUGGCUUCCGUGUGGGGAUUUCACAGCCUCCGGGAAGCGAAAAAUCUCUUUUUAGAUAGCGUGUACUUGGCUGAACUUGCUCCAAGAAAAAUGGUCUUAUUGAACAAAAGGAUUAUAGUGAAAGGGGGCUUUUGACAAUACAGCUGUGGAGGUGGGCCCAGACAUUGCACUGGAGGGAGCUGGGAGAGGCCCAGGCCCUUAGGAGGGAGGGGAGAAGGGAGCCCCACUGGAUGUUUGAAAAGCUGAGAUAUCAAAGUCUCCACUCAGGCCAUUUAGAUAAGGUCGCCAAGGACUUUGUCUAAAAAUACCAGCCCGUAGGGAGGUGGGGCCUGUCUACUGCCUGCCCAGGUGUCAGGCCCUUUGUCCCACUGUCCACUGGCACCAGCCUGGUAAUCUCAGAGGAAUGCCAAAAAUCUGGCCAGGAGGAAGGGGCACUAGAAGUAAGGGUUGGGCCUCUACCAUUGGCAAUAACUCUGGCGUCUGCUGGAUUGGGCUGUUAGAACCCACAGGCACUUUUAUGGAACUGCAGUUCCCUGUGGGAGUAAGAGGUUGCCUCAUUAAAGAUGUUGGAAAAGUGUUAUCUGUUAUUGCUUCUAUUUAACAGAUGUGGACACUGAGUACUGCAGAGGCUGAAGUCCCUUGGCUAAGAGAGGGGCAAGGCGGGCAGGUGUCCUGCUCCUUUGUGUGAAGGGCAUUGCUUCCAUAGAGAUACAAAACUUCCCUUCCUCCCUUCCAGCCCAGCGGAAGUCCUGAAGGUCUGGGGCCACCCCUAGUGCUGGGGCAAAACCACCAGGGCUUGAGACUGGGGGAGCUUGGUAUAUAGUAAUGCUAAAAAACUGGUUUUACAUGAAAAAAGACUCAUUCUGCUCUGAGCAGUGAGGGGAGCCUCCCCAGGGGGUGUUUUAGCAGGGCUUUGAAAGGCUGAGAUGGCAUUAACCAGGCUGACAAGAGCCCCCUGCUGUGUCCCUCUGCCUCUAGCAUAAUAGUACCUACUUUCCAGAGGCAACAGUCACACAGCAGGUACUCAGGAAAAGUGCCAGGCAUAUACUACUCCAAAAAGAGAAACCCAGAGGGAUAAAUAUGCUUAAAACCCUUAAGCUAGCAACCCCAUCCACAAGACUCUCCCAAGAAAAGAAAUUACCAGAAGCAAAAAGCCCCAUACAGAAAACUGUCCAUUCCAUGUUAUCUCUAGAGAAAGCUGGAAAUAACCUAAAUGUUUGUUCAGCGCCCUGUGCUUGAUUAUAGAGGAUGGUGGUGUUAUCAGACAGGAGUUAAAGGUGGCCAGGUUGAGGUUGGUAGGAAGGGUUCAUUUUCGACACAUUUCUCAAAUGCCAGGUGCCAUAGGGCUUGGCAGCACUGUGUCAAUGAUAGAACGCCCAAACCUAUAGAAAACUUUUCCAAGAAUUGAUUUGAGCCAAAUUUUUGAGGACUUGCCCAGAAGCAAGAUCUCAACAGAUUGGGAAAAUGCUCCAGAGAAUGGGCAGCUCUGCAACUCAUUUUAUAUGUUUAGAAUCAAAGGAGAAAAUGUAAGGAAGGUUACAUGAAAUCCAUUGGUGGUAGAUUAGGGAGGCGGGAGAAAGCAAAGAGGGAAAAUCUCUAGGAUUGGGUAAAAAGCAAAACGGAGCGACACAUACUUCUCUUGCAUGGUUGGGUACAGGAUAGUUAACGUGUAACAUUUCCGGCACACAGAGAUGGUAUACGGGCAACAAGGUAACGAUGAAGGGUUCCGGGGUCCUGUGCUCUGGUGCUCUUGUGCUCUGGUGCAGGCGGUUGUGCCCGCGAGGAAUCUGGGAAAGAAAAUGACCCUGACAGUUCAAAGGUGUGUUAUCCGCGAUGCAUGAGAACAACGGACUCACUUAAGGUAAAGCCUGACCUUUGCUAAGGAAGCUAUUGGCCUGGACUAUCUGCCAUGACCUGCCCUGUUAGGAGUUUGUGAUCAGACCAUCUUGUGUGGUUACGUCCAGCCACUGAGCUUGUCAGGCCCGCAUGUGGCCCCCUGAGCUUGUCAGGUCUACUUGGUUGCCCACCCCACCCCCCACUCCAGCCCCCCCUUCAGUCUCAACUGGAUAGGGAGGAAAACAGCCAUGCUUGGCUCCUGCUGCAAUCUGGAAUAGUAACAUUGCCCCCCACCCCUGCACCCUUGCCUCUCCCCUCCCCUUCCCUUGCUUGUUUAUUGUGUAUUGUCUGUCUCCCCACCAGACUGGAACCCCCAGGGAGUGGGGACCUUGAGCAUCUUGUUCACCACAGCGCCCAGCAGGCCCUGAGGCUUGGAGACACAGAAAUAUUUGCUGAAUGGAUGCCUUUGGGCUGAGCCUCAGUUUCCUCAACUGUAAGAUGGGGGUUCCAAUCCACAGGGCACAGGGUUGUGGUGAGGGGUGAUUGAGAGGAUGUAUGCAAAGCACGCAGUGAACAGGCGCCCUGCCAGCAGCUGGCAUUCAGUCACGAAUAAUGCACACACUGGCAGCAGCUCAGCAGGAAGACAACGUCCUACAAGAAAAAAGUUGAAACUGGAAUGUAUACUCUGAUGGCCAGAAUGUCAACAUUUGGGCACAAGUGGAAAAGGCUCAAAGAGAAAUUUGCUAUGACAGGCCAAUGGGCUGAAAUCCUCCAUGCUAAAGAUUGGGUUACAGCCCCGCCAGCAGAGUGACAUGGAUCUGGGCCCUUCCCCGAGUGACCGGGUUUGGCCGCACCCCAGGAUGCUCAGUCAUCUAAGCUGGAGGCUGAACAGGUCCAGCAGAGAGAUUCCUGGAAGUCUCUGAGCCCAAGUGUGGUUUUAUUCAGUGGCCUCCUACCAUCUACCCAGCCUCAGUGCCUCGGGGCCCCAGGUGGGGCCUAUGGCCCAGAGGGUUUAAUGAAAGCAGGUGACUUGAAGGCCCACAUGUCAUGUCUGGCGGGUGGAUGGGACAGGCCCUCCCUCAUUUGCAGGGAUCCUGAGUACAACAUUAAGGGUAAAAACCUGUCUUUGGUCGGAACAUGGCAGGCGUCGGCGACGCAGCCACCCCGGGAGAAGGCAGCGGGGGCGGUGCGGAUGGCCGGGAGCCGGAAGGCCGCGGCCAGGCAGAGCAGCCGGGCGGCAGCGGUCACGGGUCCCCGCCGGCGCCUCAGCACACGGAGACGCUGGGCUUCAACGAGAGCGACCGGCGGCGGGAGCGGCGCUGCGGCCGCGCAGAGCUUUCAUUGUUGAGGUUCCUCCGUGGAACAAGAGGGAACGUCCUUGAACAUAAUGAGGCCAAGUAUACAGAAAGAAGAGAAAGAGUAUACACUUGUAUGCGAAUACCGAGAGAACUGGAAAAGCUGAUGGUUUUUGGAAUGUUUCUGUGCCUGGAUGCAUUUCUGUAUGUGUUCACCCUGCUUCCUUUAAGAGUUUUCCUGGCACUCUUCAGGCUCUUCACUCUGCCUUGCUACGGCUUAAGGGACAGACGUCUGCUUCAGCCUGCCCAGGUAUGUGACGUUUUGAAGGGUGUCAUUUUGGUAAUCUGCUAUUUUAUGAUGCACUAUGUCGACUACUCCAUGAUGCAUCACCUAAUAAGGGGGCAGUCGGUCAUCAAGCUCUACAUCAUCUACAACAUGCUCGAGGUAGCAGAUCGUCUGUUUUCAUCAUUUGGUCAAGAUAUAUUAGAUGCUCUCUAUUGGACAGCAACUGAGCCUAAAGAAAGAAAAAGAGCCCACAUUGGGGUGAUUCCUCACUUUUUCAUGGCUGUUCUCUAUGUCUUCCUGCAUGCAAUUCUUAUAAUGGUUCAAGCAACAACUCUCAACGUAGCUUUUAACUCACACAACAAGUCCCUGCUUACUAUCAUUCUGUCUAAUAAUUUUGUUGAAAUUAAAGGAAGUGUUUUCAAGAAGUUUGAAAAGAACAAUCUUUUUCAAAUGUCAAAUAGCGAUAUUAAGGAAUGAUUCACAAAUUAUGUGCUUUUGCUAAUAGUGUGUCUAAGAAACAUGGAACAGUUUUCUUGGAACCCAGAUCAUCUCUGGGUGUAAUUUCCAGAUGUCUAUAUGGUGAUUACAUCAGAAAUUGCUGUGGAUAUUGUAAAACAUGCCUUUAUCACCAAGUUCAAUGACAUUACUGCAGAUGUCUACAGUGAAUAUAGAGCCAGCCUUGCUUUUGACCUUGUUAGCAGUCGACAGAAAAAUGCAUAUACUGAUUACAGCGACUCCGUGGCACGGAGGAUGGGGUUUAUUCCUCUUCCACUAGCUGUUUUACUCAUCAGAGUUGUAACAAGCUCAAUUAAAGUGCAAGGAAUCCUGUCUUAUGCCUGUGUCAUACUCUUCUAUUUUGGGUUGAUGUCCCUGAAAGUACUUAAUAGCAUUGUGCUAUUGGGAAAAUCAUGCCAAGAUGUGAAGGAAGCCGAAAUGGAAGAGACAUUGUUUGACCAUCCCCCCACCAGCUCGCCCAGCAAAUCCCAGAUCAAGUGUAAACCCUCUCAAGAAGAAAACCUGUUUGCCUCAGUCACCAGCCAGCCUACCUACCAAAAGGAAAGUAUAAUACCAUUACUUGUGACAAGCAAUUCUGACCAGUUUCUGACAACUCCAGAUGGAGAUGAGAAGGACAUUACACAGGAAAACUCUGUAUUAAAACACAGGUCCUCAAAGAAAGAUUUGUUGGAGAUAGACGGGUUCACAAUUUGCAGAAACCGAAUUGACUGAGCUCCGCAGCUCUGUGUGCCCAAUGCCACGUCCUGGGACAGCCAAGCUGUGCUACCAGGACAGACACAUACUCAAAGGGGCACUGAAAUAUUUAUUUUAAAACUUAAAUUAUUAAUGGAAAGCAAUUCUUAGUAUCUUCCUUCCAGUAAUGUGGUCUGGCUGAAGGUCAGGUCACGGAACAGCAGCGACCUGCAGUCCUGACUUCGGGAGCUCCUCCUGCUUGGAGAAGCCGUGGCGUCACUUCCGGGCCCGACGAGAACAACCUCAGAGCCACUUUUGCUCUGUCAGUCUGUGCUUCCAGAACGUCGUCGCACUUUGCCUCGCAGUCCCGUCAGUAUAAGAAUAUAUACGAGGGAACCUGUGAGCCUUUCAUCAUGACAUCACCUUCCCUGUCUCAUACUAUUUUCACAAACAGUUUUCAAAUUCCACUUCAUCUGUCAAAGCAUUUAAAAAAAAUAAUUAACGUAAAUGUCCUUACCACCACAAUAAUCCUUGAAGAUGUAUCUGAAUUAAUCAGAAUAAGGGUACCUUAAAUAAGACCUGAUGACUAGCAGCAUUUUAUAGAAAAAAGCCCUAAGCCAGUUUGUCUAUUUACAGAAUAUUAAUGAAUGAAGGUUAGGCAUCACUGGGAAAAUGUUUCAUAAUUUUUCAGUUUACUCUUUAAAGCAAAAUGUGAGCUGUGUAUUAUUUAAUUGCAGUGCAUAAAAUAGAAAUUCCCUUACAGAAAGGUACUUUCUAUAUUGAAAAAGCAGAGCAGUGUUAACAUUAAUGUAGUUAACUGGUUUCACUUUAAAACUAAUUCCUUCAUAAAUUGUUACAGUUAACAGGAUUUGGUGUUAAAUAGGCUGAAAAUUGUCACUGUACAAAAUUCAAAGGUGUCAACUGUAACUGGGCUUUUUUUUAAGGAACAGUUUUAAAGUAAGUAUCCUAAGUGUACUGGACAGGGUCCUCUUGCUUGGGCUUAUAAAAUGCAUUGUGUUUUUGUUUGGAGUGUCAGUGGGGCAGGGUCUGUGUCCUGUGGAAGAGUGCAUGGGGAGGCGUGACUGUGGGUGUGCUUGUGCUUGGGGUGGGAGGAGAAAGUAAAGGGGUGUUUGGGGCCUGUGGGGUGGCCAUCUGGCUGUGGGCAGGUGUCUGUGUGCGGAUGUUGGGAACAACAACCAAAAGGUGCUUUUUGGUUUUGUUUGAGAUAUCAGAAGUACACGUCUGCUUAAUCGCUGGUUGUGGCCUGCAUCAUAGGACAGAUUGUUUUCCACUUUUUUUCUUGAGAAACCUUUCUGCAUUUUUAUAAAAAUUUUACAUCUAAUUUUAGAGUGUCCAGAUGUCACUGUUAACUGAUACUUCCUUUGAUGUUUUUAUUUUGAAGUUCAGCUUCUGUGCAGCUAUUUUGGGCAUAUGAUAUUCAGAGGUAAAUUUUAGGUGAUUUGUCUGUUCCCUGGGUGAAAUGUAAAGCAAGCUUUAAUGCAUUGGCUUCUUCAUUUGAAAUACAAAAGUGAAUUUUAAUGUUUCGCAUUAACUCGAGAAAUCUGAAGGUUAAUGUUCACAUAGGGUAAAAGAGGGAACUGUACUACAGAAAUGCUUUUGUGAGACCUUGCGGUAUUUUAAGUUAAAAAUUUAAGUUAAAAGACUUCAUUGUUUUGUGCAUGUUUCAGUGAAGCCCCAUUUUAGAAAAUUUUGCCCUCAUCUUCUCUACCUAAAAGGAACAGUGUCCACGGUGAAUGAGAAUGGUUUUGGGGAAAACUUUGCCAAACAUAGCCCUAAUCAGAGCAAGAAUAUGACGUGGGUAUAUCUUUCAGUUCAGCUUGGGUUACUCUGUUAUUGUGCCACCACUCUCGAACAUGGUCGUUUCCUUUGCAAAAUAUAUUGGGAGUUCAGAAUGAUAUUCAUGUCUUCUGUUAAAAUGGCAUUCAGUACUAAUUUUAUAAGUGCAUCUUGUGUGAAACUCAAUAAAUUCAAUUUUGUAAUCUUUUAAAAAAACAAAAACAAAAAAACCCUGUCUUUGGAGCUCAUGCCUCAACCCACUGUGUGAUCUUUGAGGAAAAAGUGAAGAAAUGACAUGGGGUUGCUAUAGUCAAGCUGCUAAAUUACUAAAAUCAAGUAGUUUGAGGCAUGAGGAAAUGAUUCUGUUCUUGCUUUAACUAGCCUGAGAACUUAAACGUUUGAGUUUUUCAGUUGUGCAUCAAUGACUGGAGAUUUCUAUAAAUCCUAUAUCCAACUCUCUGAAGGACUAAGGAGAGAGUGUUCACUGUCCAGACCACCUGACACCCAGUAUCCAGACCACAGGUCAUCUAGAGGAACCAUCUUGGACCAGUCCAGAGGCUAAGAAGGCAGGACUGAUUCUUCUCAAGAAUGUGGAAUGAGAACUCUCGGCUUUUCUCUCUUCUUCGGAACACUGGGUAUUACCUAGUUGUGUUUCCAGUUUGUAAAUCCUAAGACGCUUGAAUGAAUCUUUAUCAUUUUUAAUUGUAGUGAAGCCUCCUGAUUCAUUUAUGCUCUGGCAACACCUUGGACAAGCCACCUGCCUGUCAGCCAAAUGAAGAUAGUCAUUCCUACCCUACAGGGUUGUUGGGGGAGUCACUGACACCCACAGGGAAAUGGCUACGCACAGAGUCAGGGCCCCAUCAAGGGUAGCUGUGUACUGACUGUUAGUUGAAUUCUCAGAGGCUGGAACACAGCAGCCGUCGCCUGUUAUGAAUAAGGGUGGCCAUGCAGCAACUCAUUGUAAGUGCCACUGGGAGAGCCGGUGGUAAGUGCCUGUAGUAGGUCUGGCCAUUGCAGGGCCUCCCAGACGUCUAACAGGGCCUGGGGCCUUUUCCACUCUUUCAGGUUCCUGGCACUUUCAAAAAUGAAGACAUACCUCAACAGGAUUAUCAAAACUGGGGCAUAUUUGAAACACUUACAUUGAACAAAUUGAUGCUUUUAACAUACAUGCAAAUAGUCCCACACAAGAUAAUUUUACUGCUCACAAGCUACUAGAGGGAAGGGGUAUGGUGUGAGGAACAUCUUUCAAGUCUGACCAUGUGUCUGUGAUGAUCUGAUUAUCCUUAUUUAGAGAUGACACCAAAAAGCGAAACCCGAAGGCCCUAGGGGCAUGUGAGUCCCUCCUGGGGCCCCCAUGGUACACCCUGGGCCACGGCCAUCCAUCUACUAGAAGUGACCCCUAGGGCCCCCAGCAUGCAUUUCCUGUGUCCCCAUGGCUGAUGUUUUAAAACGCACCUUCUGAACUCUCUUUCCAAAUUUGGUGAAAACCCGUCUUAUGGUUUUGUGCCCUCCAUGCGUUACGUUUGUAA